CUGAUGUCGGGUUUCCAUAAAGAUGUGAUCCUCAAAGACGAUGCUCCCUCCCAGCUCUAUCUUGUAAAGCACCGUGACUUUAUUCUAGGUUAUGCUAAGAAUCAGAACUCCUACGAGUAUGUGAUGUCGGAGUGGUUGCGCACUAGCGGAGUAUACUGGUGCCUCACUGCAUUGAAGCUGCUAAACGAUGGUCACUUGAAGGAGGAUGACUUGUUCAAAUUUGUAAUGUCAUGUUACAACGAAGAGAAAGGUGGUUUUGGUGCCAGUGAAAAUCAUGAUCCUCACCUAUUAUACACUCUUAGUGCUAUACAAAUCCUUGCAAUGAUCAACAGGCUAGAUGAUGUAGAUAAAGACAAAGUGGUUAGCUAUGUGGUUACGUUACAGCAAACUGACGGCUCAUUCUGGGGUGACGAGUGGGGUGAGGUUGACACAAGGUUCACUUUCUGUGCCUUUGCAACUCUCACUAUACUCGAUAGACUUAGUGACUGUGAUGUCAACAAAGGAGUCCAUUUUGUGUUGCGAUGUAAAAACUUUGACGGAGCAUUUGGUUGUGUCCCUGGAUCAGAGUCGCAUGCAGGGCAGGUGUUCUGCUGUGUGGGUGCUCUGUCUAUUGCUCAUAAACUGCACCUGCUAGAUGUUGAUCAGCUGGCGUGGUGGUUAUGUGAGCGUCAGCUCCCUUCCGGUGGUUUAAAUGGGCGACCUGAAAAAUUACCUGACGUAUGUUAUAGUUGGUGGGUUUUAGCAUCUCUUAAGAUAAUCGGACGGACACAUUGGCUGGAUAAGCCUAGUUUGAUAAAGUUCAUCCUGGCAUCUCAAGAUGAAGAGACCGGUGGGUUUGCAGAUCGGCCUGGGGACAUGGUGGACCCUUUUCACACUCUGUUUGGAUUGGCUGGUUUAUCUCUCCUGGGUGAUCAGCAUCUUGCUAAAGUUAACCCUGUUUUGUGUCUGCCUCAGUCUCUAGUCGACCAUCUGGGUCUAAAACUUGAAACAGUGUCAUCCAGUUCAUGACAAAUAUUUAUUGGCUAGGUGCUGGCCCAACAAUAAGAUCUGAUUAAUUUGAAUUGAUAAGUAUCAAGGUGAAUCAUAUUUUGAUGAUAUUUGAACGCUGAUAUUGUUUAUAAAUUUUCAAAAUGUUAUACUCUAACUUUUAUGAGACCUAUCCUAUCUAUACCCUUUCAUUAAUUCUUUGUUGAUUAAUUAAUGAAUUAAUAUGAUUUGAGCUGAGCUGGCUUCAGUUUAUAAGAGCUUUUCGUGCAUGUUGCAGUUGUUUAUGCUUUUAAAUAAUAAAAUGUAUGUAAUUUUUAGUAAUUUGUAUUCAUAAUUUCAAAUACAAAACUAAACACCUGAUAUAAAAUGCCUUUGGAUGGAUAAGUGCGAGACGAAAUUUUACAGGCCACUUUUACUCCUAAAAUCGUUUUAAAUUGGGGGAAGGAAGUCCAAAUGUCAUUGCCACACUUCAUUUAUUACAAUUAAGUAGAUGGCAAGACUGGAGGUAAACCUAAACAGGUUAACACACGAAGUGAGUUGAAACUUGCAAUAAGUUUGGAAGAAUUAAACUUAAAAACGUACUUGUUAUUCCAAUGGUGAACGUUUUUGGACUGUAAUGGUAAUUUUUAUAGAA